AAGCCAUUGACUGAAUUUGUCUUGGAAAUUGAUAGUGGGAGUGAUGAGGAAGAUAAUUAUUCUUCAAAGUCAAAACCUAACAAAACAACUACAAAAAAGACGAUAGGUAAACUAUAGUAGAUAUUCCUAAAAUUAAAAGUCACAAAUUAUUUUGGUACUCAAGUCUAAAGAAGCUUCAUUUAUGACAGUUUAAAAAACAUACAUGUUUGCAUUAAAUUUGAUAAUUUGCUCGUUCAAGUUUAAUUUUCUCUAUCCCUUGUAGGCAAAAUCGCGCCCAUUUUUACAAUUGUGAAGUCAAAGGAUAAUGAAACAAAAAUAAAACAACCCGCUGAAGAUCCAGAAACACUCAGAUUACGAAGAGAAUUCUUGAUGAGUGGCAUUCCUGAUGAGCUAAAGAGACAGAUGAACAGCUCAACAAAUUCUAGUAUUGUUGCAGAUUAUCCACCUUUUCCUACGAUAAGUCAUGUUCAGCAAUUGGCAGAUUUCCCUUGGACAUCAAAGGCUGUUUCAUUUAUCAAGACAGGUGUACCUGAUUUGAUUGAGGCAUUAAAUACAACUUUAUGGGACAAUUUAGAAUGGGGAUGUCAUGUUUUUAAUCACGAAAAAGAACUCAGUAAUCUGUCCACAUCAAUGUUUGAGGUUAGUAAUGAAUGUUCGAUGGUAAAUUCAUUAACAUUUUCAUAGACUUACAAAAUUGCUUCAUUAAAUUUUUUAUUCAAAUAUAUCACAGCAACCAUUCAAAUUAAGUUUAAGCCACAAUUUUGUAUUCAGUAUUUUUUGUUUUAAAAAUUGUUAAAAGCAUCAAUUAUUUAGAACUACAAAUUUUUAUAACAAAUAAUGCUGUAGUUUAGAUAUGGUGCAUGGAUUUUAUUAAAUUGUUUUUUAUCUUUUAGGUUGUAAAGAACAUGGUUAGUAACUGUUGUCAUACGAAUUUCUUUCUCAGACAUUUUCAUCUCACAAACUGCUAUCAGAACAGCAAGCAAAUAUAAUCUUUAAAAGAUUCAGUUCCAGCGAUGGCAAGUUUUUAUUCAGAGAAAUAUACACAGGGCUUCAAUGCAAGUUAGCUGGCAUGGACCUCACAGGUAGGGGAGAUUUUCUCUUUACAGUUAGGGUUUAUUUUCUCUAUAAAUUACUUUGUCUCGUUGUAGUAUUAACUAUUUUAAGAUUAAGAGGCUAUCUUCUGAUGUUUAACUCCUUGGAAUAAAUGAUAUAAUCUCCUUCAACCUGAGAAACAAAAAAUAAUUUUUGUUGUGUGGAAAAUUAAUUCUUUUUGUUGAUAAUGCCUCUAAAGAUUCUCUGGUGAUGAAGAUGAGACAACAUGUGGCACUGUUUGAUGAAUUUUCUUUAAUGUUUAUAAGUACAGCUUUGUGACUAAGUUAGUGUUUUUAUUAUAAAAUAAAAAGCGCAUUAAUUUCUCAUAAAAAACAUUUACUUUACAUAAAAGUGCACCCUAAAGGCAAAUAUAGCAGACACAAAAGUCUCAUUAUUUUGUGUAUGUGCUUUAACAGAACCUUCAUGUCCUGUGGAUGUCCCAGUUAAAGUGAGUGAUGAGGAUGUAGUAAUUAUUGUUGAUGAUACACCACCUCCUGCUAAAAGGGAUCCAGUCAAAAGUUCUCUUAAUGCCAAAGGUAUGACUGCUAAUACAUUUGGAUCUCAGUUUCAUUACAGAGAGGUUCAUAUGGAUAGAACAGAGACAUUCUUAUAAUACAAUGCACUUGGAUAGAACAGAGACAUUCAUAUAAUACAAUGUACUUGGAUAGAACAGAGACAUUCAUAUAAUGCAAUGCACUUGGAUAGAACAGGGACAUUCAUAUAAUGCAAUGCACUGGUAUAGCACAGGGACAUUCAUAUAAUACAAUGCACUUGGAUAGAAUAGGGGCAUUCAUAUAGCAAAAUGCACUCAAAUAGAAAAGGGACACUAAUAUAAGACAAUGCAUCGACCUGUUCCCCUCAAACUCUUAAAAUCGUAUAAUAUCACAAAAUCGUUUAAUACAUUAUCUUAAUAGUAAAAAUAAUAAACCUACAGUAUAUAUAAUGUAUACACCUCAAAAUCGUACAUUUUACUUCCCUUGUUGCGUGCAAAACAAUAAAAACAUGGAAUGAUUAUUGUUUUGACACCACGUCAUGUCAGUGUUUCAAAAAAUAUUGAUUUGUACUGCAAAAGUUUAAGCCUUAAAAAACAUUUGCUCUAAAAAUGAGCUUUGGUUGAUUUUAUGUGCAUCAUGUCAUAGCUAUGUUUAAUGUUUUAUAAUUAGAUAGCCUGUGGACUGACCUCCAUCAUCCUGAGAGUUCAGAUCAACUAAUAGGAAACACCAAGGUGGUUAAAGAGCUGACAAGAUGGCUGGAGGAAUGGAAAGAGUCAAUGCAGAAAGAGGCUCGACAGGCAAACAUGGUCAAUAAACCAAAGACAAAAAGUAAAGGAAGUAAGUUGCCAUAUCUUGUUUUAAUGGUACAAACUUUAAUUAGGGUUUAAGUAAUAUUAUUUUGGUUUUUUUUUUUCACUUUAAUAUUUACUCUUAAAUUUAAAAAAGAAAACUUUCAAGCUCUGACCAGCCUAAUGUUUACAAUGCUCAGACCAACCAGCCUAAUGUUUACAAUGCUCAGACCAACCAGCCUAAUGUUUACAAUGCUCUGACCAGCCUAAUGUUUACAAUGCUCUGACCAGCCUAAUGUUAACAAUGCUCUGACCAACCUAAUGUUUACCAUACCUAAUUGAGAUUUUAUAUCUUAUGUGUUCAUGAAAUCUUGACUUAUAAAUUAAAAUUUUAUAUCAUUUGCCAGUCAUUUAUUUAAAGUCAGUUAUAAAGUAGGUUUUUUUUUGUUUUGUUUUUUUCAUUGUAAAAAAAAAACCAUGAAAUAAAAUUCAGCCAAAAUUUUAAUAGUUAUGCUUCCUUAGUAAAUGCUGAAACAGAUUUCAAGUAUAUUUAUUUAAAAAAUAUAUAUAGUAAUUAUUGUUGGUAACAACCUGCACAUGGUUUUAUGACAGUGAUGUUAAUUAUUGUUUGUAACAGCCAGCACAUGGUCUGAUGACAGUGACUUCGCUGACAGCGAAGAUGAAGAUGAACCCAGUCUCUGCAAUACAAUGUUAAUUAGCGGACCUCAUGGUGUUGGGAAAACUUGUCUUGUUUAUGCUCUAGCUCAAGAGCUUGGGUACAAGGUAAGUUUUACUACAUCACUAUUUGGCUUAGAUCUUUUUACAUCUUGUACCUUAAAAAUAUUAUGUAGCCUAAUCACUAGCAAUAUUUUAAGUUUUCUUGAAGAUUUGCUCAGAGUAGUUAGUGAAAUAUUCCAGUUAUAAGACUCUAGAAGAGGCUUUGGACAAGAAGGUUUCAUGUAUCUACUGGAGAUGUUAUUUAUGCUAAAUCUUCUAGCCCAAGUCUAUUUUAAUGUGUGUGUUAGAUGUCUUUGAUGAUAUCUAGGUCAUGGAGGUUUCCCUAUCUGGUGAUAUCUGUAUAUUGAAUUAUUCCCUUCAGUGGUAUAAAUAAACAUGUGAUAACUAUUUUUUUAGACUUGUUCUACAGAACAGUGAGCUGAAGACAGCUUAUAAAUCUAGUGAUAUUAAUACAAUGUAUUGGUUGCAAAACUUAUUAUUUUUUUAAAUCAGUUUUGUAAAUAGGAGUAAACGGUACUUGUCUAUUGAAUCAGAUAGUUAAAACUUAACUGCCCUACUUUUGUACCUGUGUAUUCAUCCGUUUGACAUCUGUAACAAACAAAAUUCUUUGAAUAAUAAUUCUUUUAUUUGAAAAAAGAAUAUCUGUAUGAAGUUGUAACACUUAAAACCACAUCAAAAUAUCCGCGUAACAUCCUUGUUGCUUUAAUGUCUUAUUUUAGGUGUUUGAAGUGAAUUCCUCAUCCUUACGUAGUGGCAAGCAAUUGUUGGCUCAACUUGAAGAAGCUACACAAUCUCACAAGGUGGCACAGAACAAGUCCAAGUCUGCUACUCCAGCACCAUUGGACACAACAUCUUCUGGUGCGUAUUUUUAGUUAUGCUUAUGUAAUCAUCUGAAUCUAUGGCUUAGAUUUUUUGUAUUAUUCUCUGUCUAAUAUCUUUUAAAUGAAAAUUGUUGAUAAAAUGUAAGUACGCUUUUUAUUAUUUGAAGAGUACACUAUAUCAACAUUGAUUUUAAAUGUGCAAAGAACCCUUUAAAAAUUUAAUUUUAUUGAAAACGAUUUAUACAGAAUUAUUGGAACCAGAACCACACCUAUUCAGUUACCAUUCCUCCAAAGUCUUUCAAUAAAUCUUAUUGCCAUUUUUAGAGUAAAUUUUGAACUGAACCAAUUGUAAUUUGUUCAGACAUGAUUACUCAUACAAUUUUGGUGUACAAUGCGCGAUUUGAAAUGUCAUUUGCGAUUGUACUCUAAGACCUGUCAGAACCACCAUUUAUGAUACUGUUUUGAAAAAAAAUGUGUUCCCGUAGUUUUUCAGAUUUAAAAAAAAUGCAUGUUCCAUUGUUCAUUUUAGUUCUUUUAUUCACCUGGGGAUGAAUGGACCCAGAAAUACAAUUUGGUUGGGCACCAUCUAUAAUUACAUACACACUUAGAGUGGGGGGGGGGUGUUGACUUACUAGUGGGACAUAUGAGUGGAAGGGGUUAGUGGGAGUGUCUAAACAUAUUUCAAGGCUAUAAAAUAACACCACCUCAUUUCGUAAUGAUGGUGAUGAACGUCAUAUUUUUGCUUUGUGUUUUCACAAUGAACUGUAUAGGAUACAGCAAAAGAAAUAUUAGCGUAGUCGCCUUGUGAAACAUUUAGAAAACAUUUGCAGAGCUGUAUGGCAUAAUUUAGUGAUGUAAUUAUUUCAUUCUUUGGCUGAACCACUGGGAUUACGAAAAUAGAGAAAACAACAGAUUUAUUUAGUAAAAAAUAUAAUUUUUAAUGCAUUCUCAACCGCUCCGCAUAGUAGCGUUAGAUUUGACUUUUUUUUCCUAUGUCUAAAAAGCAGCUGUACAACACUUUAAUACCCCAGUUUGGUUCCAAACUCCUCUUCCCUUUUCCCAGUAUACCUUAUUAAUAUUAGACUAUGUUAACGGAGAAAGCAAACUUUUAGACUUAAUGUAGGGGUGGCUAAACCUGCGGCCCGCCGGAUGUAUAAAAAGUGAAUUUAUUUCUUUAUCCAAUUAGCUAUUAUUUUCAUUUUUGGCAUAAACGCACAUUUUAUAUAUAUAUAUGUAUGUUUUUAUAUAUAUAUAUGCACAUCACUUUUAUGUGACUGUAUGCACCAUUGUGCACCAGCCCCUCUUAGAAUGAUUUUAAAAGAUAGAUUGAAAUAAGUAAUCUUUAAAAAAAAAAUUGUUAACAAUUUUACCAUUUAGUAACUAAAAUUGAAGGAUUUAUAUAAAUAUAGCUAGGUAAAAGAAGGGACCUAAUAUUCCACAAACAUUUUUUAUUUGUUCUCUGAGUAAGUGUAGAAAGUUCCAACAUUAAAUUCAUUGCCUGAUCCCAGUCAUGAAGUUUUAUUUGACUAUACAUGUACGCCAAAAGACAUCCCUGCAUUUUGAAUUUUUUUAACAAUGUUCUUGGUAGGGGGCUCAGUACCCUCCCCAAACCCCACCCCAACUUUCCCCCGGGUGACUUGAGCAGGUGUCUGGAUUUUCACUUCCCCACCCCUAUCUUUGUCAGUCAUGUGCUUAUGGGAAAGUGACCUUUAGUUGGUAUAUAGUUAUUGUAUACAUUCAGAAGCGUAGCUAGGGUUAGUGCCACCUGGGUCGACCUGAUACUUUUGCCGCCCCCUUCAAAUAGAAAAUUACUGUUUGAAAAUUACACCCCUCCUUAUAGAGAAAAAAGUGUCACGUCGGACUGACUGCCCCUCUAUGCACCCCCUUCCUAUGCCACUGUAUACAUUAUACUGUUAUACAUUGUACUGUAUGUUUUUUAUUAACUAUAGGGUAUUGUACGAUUUUAUGAUAGUAAAGGACCAUUCCGAAAUGAUAUUGUACAAUAUUUUAAGUUCCAGAGUAACCAAGUCUGUAUACUAAGAUUUUUCAUUAAUCUUAAAUAGAUGUCUAAAUCAAUUCCUUACCCUCAAAUGGAAAAUAUCAUGCCUGUUUAUUUUAUUCUUUUACAAAUACCGGUAAUAGAAAAAAGAAGUUCAGGCAAGCAGGACAAGAGUAAAGCUGCUGUCACUCAGUCAGCAUCUGCCUUUGCCAACCUGUUUCGGACCCCAACAACAUUAAAAAAAUCUUCUGACACUUCAAAAAAUCAGACCCCAAAAUCACUUAACAACAAAAAGUCUUCACAGAAACAAACAAAAGGGGCAGGUUUGUUUUAGUGAUUAGUCAAAAAUGUUCUGAAAUUAUUUAUUUAGUUAAUUUAUAUCAUUAGGAUAAUACAAAGUUUCUAAUAUUAGCUUACAUUAUUUUAGGACAUUAACUUCUAAAUACCUGAAUUUUGACAAAUUUAAUUUACCACUAUUUUGUACCCAAGAAAUUUAUUUUUAUUCAUUGUAAAGACGGGUGAACUUUAAAAAAUGUUUUUAAUAAAUUGUAUUUCAUUCUUUUACCUCACAACAGAAAAGACCAAAGGCUCUAAACUUGAACCUGAGGCCAGACUUGGAAUUUUGAAUGAUGAUACCACUUCAGGAUCUCUUAAUCUAGCCUCAGCUUCAUUGAUUUUAUUUGAUGAGGUCAGAUCAGUUUGACUUAGGAAAUAAACAUUAUCUUUCACUCUACUUUAUUCAACUGUUGAACAAUAUAAUCAUUCCUUAGAUAUUUUCAUUAGUAUGAUACAAUAUACUAUGUACAUUAGUCUAGCUUUAUGCAAAAAAAAAUCAAAAUGUGACUAUUGUUUGAGAGUAAAUAAUGUAUAAAAUUAAGCAAGAGUAUGUUAAAAUAAUAUUUAAAAGACAUAUAAAUAAUGUUCAAUAAUUUGUCAUUAAAUAUAACAUGGACGUUAACUUAGCACAUUGAAUAUGUGUAACUUAAUGUAAACUUCAGUAACCAUUAUCAAGUUGAAUAUAUGUAGCAUAAUGAAAACAUUGUGAACUUAAGUUACCCUUACCAAGUUUCUGAUUUCCUCUUUAAAACAGGUUGACGUUUUCUUUGAAGAAGACAAAGGUUUCCUGAGUACGGUGCAGUAUUUUAUGACCUCAACAAAGAUACCCAUUGUUUUAACGUCAACAGAUUCGUAUUUUCAUCUCCAGCUACCUUCUCGCCAUGAUCAUAUCAUAUUAAAACAACCAACCUUGGU